AUGGCCCAGCGGAGACGCGGAGGCAGAGAUUCUUUCAAAGACAAGAAAUCCUCAAAUCAGGAGGACAGCGCCGACCUCCGCUGUCAGCUGCAGUUCGUCAAAGAGGAGUCCAGUCUGAUGAGGAAGAAGAUGGCCAAACUCAGCCGCGAGAAAGACGAGCUGGAGCAGGAGCUGCAGAAGUACAAGUCCGUGUACGGCGACGUGGACAGCCCCUCCCCUCUUGCCGAGUGCCCCGGAGGAGGCCCUCACUCCACACGGGAAGCCGAGCUGCGUCUGCGGCUGAAGCUGGUGGAGGAGGAGGCUAACAUCUUGGGUCGAAAGAUUGUGGAGCUGGAGGUGGAGAACCGUAGCCUGCGGUCGGAGAACGAGGACAUCCGGUGCCAGUACGAGCGCGAUUGCUUCGGCCGCGAGCCCUUCUCUAGCAUGCCGUCUUCCCCGUACGGCGGAGACGCGCUAGAAUCGGCUAGCGAGCUCAGACGCCACUUGCAGUUCGUGGAGGAAGAGGCCGAGCUCCUGCGGCGGUCGAUUUCCGAGAUAGAAGACCACAAUCGCCAGCUCACGUCCGAGUUGAACCGGUUUAAGUUCGGGCCUAGCGCUGGUGGCGUAGCAUCGGAGGAAUGCGGCGGCGGCGGUGGCGAGUUGUACAAAAGCGGUAACGGGGCUAGCUUAAUCAUGGAGGAGCUUAAAUCGGCGCGCAUACAGAUCAACGAACUCAGCGGCAAAGUCAUGAAGCUGCAGUACGAAAACCGUGUGCUGCUGUCCAACGUCCAGCGCUACGAUUUAGCCGCUAACACGCGCACAGCUAGCCCAAAAGAUAGCGAAGCAGAGCUAGCGGCAGCAGCAGAGGAGGAAGAAGCUAAGAGGCUAAUAUUACUGCAACCCAAACGAGAGGGUCCCAUCGGCGGGGAGAGCGAUUCCGACGAUCUGUUCGAGAAGACGGGAACGACGUCCGGGUUUGGGAGCGCGAAGCCGUCGGACGGUAGCGAGCUAAGUGCUGUGGAGCUAGCCAAUCGCAGGCGAGAGGAGAAGGAGUCUUUUAACAAUGUAAAACGUGAAGCAGACCGGCUAGGCAAGACCGUGGACAGACUUAUAACCGACACGGAUAGCUUGGUGUACGAAGGCCGACUGGUGGUCACAACUGGAGACGAGAGCAGCUCUUCCACGUCCAAACCGGACACGCAAGUUUUGGACACGAUGAACACGAGGAUGAAGGCUUUCCGGACAGAGCUGCAUAUUUUCAUGGAGAAGCUGGAGCACGUGGGAGAGGCGUUCAGAGACGGGACGGACGAUCUGUCUCCCAUGCCACAUCUCACCGAAUCCAGCAGCUUCCUCUCCACGGUCACCUCCAUGUCCAGGGACUCCCCCAUCGCAACGUUCGGGCGAGAUCUCGGCACCGACUUCCAGAUGCGGGACUCCUCUCUCUCUGACGUUCACUUCAGGCUGAAGUCCAGCUCCGAGGACACGCCCUUCUCACAGGAGGAUGAGCGUGUGGAGGCCCAGCGGGGGGCGCUGCAGCUGCCCGGUCUGCAGCCUCACGACUCGGGCUCGUGGCUCCAGGAGAGAUCGGUGCUGAACCAGGAGCUGCGUCUGUUCAGGAGAAACACCAUCAUCCUCUACAUGAAGCUGAGGGCCACGCUGGUGCAGUGGAGGAGCAGGCACCGGGACGAGCCAGCAGAGGGCGCCACACCGGCCGAGUGUGAGCGUCUGGAGUUGAUCCCAGAGCUGAGUGCAGUGGAGCAGACAGACGCAGACACAGAGAGGGAGGAGAGGCUGAGCUCAGGGGACACAGCGCCCCCUAUGGCCCCGCCCUCGCCAGACAAGCACCAGAGACAGGUUCUGUUCCUGUGUAUGAACUGUGCUAUACUGAUAAACUCACCUGAACACAGAUGUCUGACCUCCUCCUGCUCCUCCUGCUCCUCCUGCUCCUCCUGCUCCUUCUGCUCCUCCUCCUCCUCCUCCUGCUCCUUCUCCUCCUCCUCCUCCUGCUCCUCCUCCUCCUCCUCCUUCUCCUCCUCCUCCUGCUCCUCCUCCUCCUUCUACUCCUCCUCCUGCUCCUCCUCCUUCUCCUCCUGCUCCUCCUCCUUCUCCUCCUCCUGCUCCUCCUGCUCCUUCUCCUCCUCCUCCUCCUCCUCCUGCUCCUCCUUCUCCUUCUACUCCUCCUCCUGCUCCUCCUCCUUCUCCUCCUGCUCCUCCUCCUCCUCCUUCUCCUCCUCCUCCUGCUCCUCCUGCUCCUUCUCCUCCUCCUCCUCCUCCUCCUGCUCCUCCUUCUCCUUCUACUCCUCCUCCUGCUCCUCCUCCUUCUCCUCCUGCUCCUUCUCCUCCUCCUCCUGCUCCUCCUCCUCCUUCUCCUCCUCCUCCUGCUCCUCCUGCUCCUUCUCCUCCUCCUCCUGCUCCUUCUCCUCCUGCUCCUCCUCCUCCUCCUCCUCCUCCUCCUCCUCCUGCUCCUCCUUGUUCCACAGUUUGGAGAGAACAGGCGCCUCAUGCAGGCCCUGCGCUCGCUCCUGGAGGACAGAGAAGGCAGAGUGGGCUGUGAGCGAGGCGGCCAUGAGGAGCCAGAUCACACAGCUGACAGCAGCAGACUCGGACGUCGGCACAGACUCGGACACGGAGCCGGGGCUGAAACAGGAGCGAGAGCAGCACAAGAGGCUGCUGUCGGAGAGCCACAGCGCCACCUUGGACCUGCGCUGGAAACUGCAGCACGGGGAGAAGAGGUGGAGCCGCGAGAAGAGCGAGCUCAUGGAUCAGUUUGAGCGCGAGAGGCAGGAGUGGGACAGCAGCAUGAGGGAGAUGCACCGCAAGAUGGAGAAGCUGCAGAGAGAGCUGGAUCUGCACCGGGCUGAAGCCGCAGCUGCCCCCACGGUGCCCACCACGCGCUCGCACUCGGACUCGGAGGCGGUGCUGCAGGAGCAGAGGGUCCGAGGUCCCACAGAGAACCCAGUGGUGGACGCUCUGACCCUGGACCCUCUGAGUCUGGACGUCCCACUCUCAGGCCUGGACUGUGAGAAGAGGUUCCCCUGCAUGAAGGAGGCCCUGAACGAGCUUUCGGAGCGAGAAGGAGAGUCCUUUCCCGACGAGGACUCGGGAGGAGGGAGCCUGCUCAGGGCCAAGUCCGUCUGCUCCAUGAGCGACUUCCAGCGCCUGAUGGACAGCUCGCCGUUUCUACCCGACAAAAGCCGCCUCUGCGACCGCGGCCCGGACGACGUCACACCCCCCCUCUCCCCCGACGACCUCAAGUACAUCGAGGAGUUCAACAGUAAGGGCUGGGAUUUCCCAUCAGCCCUUGCUUCUGCUUCGACCAUCUCUCCGCCGUUCCCCAGAGGAGCCGAAUCGCUACCGCCGCCAUCUUGGUAUUUGACCACGAGCGCCACGUUGACCACAAGCACGCUGAGCAGUCCGGAACACUGCCACAGGACGCAGAUGAGAGCUUCCGGAGCGGGAGCGGGGGUGGAGCAUUAUGGGUACUUGCACAGUCCGACCAGAACGUCCCAAGCUAGCAACGGCAGAGGUGCUAGCAUGAACGACGAGGUGUUUAGCUCAGGGAGGUGGCCUUGCACUGGACUAAGGACUUCACCGAACCCGUCCAUCUGCCCCAACGUGGCGUUCCCUUCUCCGCUAGAGCUGCAGCUGUCCCGAAACCUGAGCGACGACAUGAAAGAAGUCGCGAUAUCCGUUCGAAACGCCAUCCGCUCUCCGCCCAGCCCUCACCUCCGCGACAUCUCCUGCCAGACCAACGGUUUCACCACGAGAGGUACGCAAACGACGCAGACGAUUAGCGUAGGGCUCCAGACAGACUUGUUGCGCAAUCUUACCAGCAGCCCGCACCGCUGUCUUACGCCUAAAGGGGGCAGCACUCCCGUCUCGUCUCCUUCGCGCAAUACCAGGAAAGUGCAAUACUCUCCGGUGAUCCAGAGCAAGUUCGAGCGCCCGUGUUGCUCCCCGAAAUACGGCUCGCCCAAGCUUCAACGCAAACCGUCGUCGGUGAGUAAGACGGAUAUCGCGAGCGGGGCAAAUCGCGCGCCAAUGCCGACCACGCCGCAAAAGGGUAACAGCGAAUCAGCUUGGGCGCGUUCCACCACCACGCGGGAUAGCCCCGUUCACACCACCAUCAACGACGGGCUGUCCAGUCUCUUUAACAUCAUAGAUCACACCCCAGUUAGCUUCGAACCCAUGCAAAAGUUCAACAAGUCGCCUAGCCGGUCGCGCCCGUCCGAACCUAGCCCCAGUCACGAGCACAGGACUCAACCGGACGCCUCCAGGAACGCUAGGGGCAGAUCUCCCAGUCCCGUGCAGCUAAUCGUGGAGACUCACGGAGAUAAGAACUCGGAGGUGGUUAGCGUACGGCAGGAUCUGUCCGCUCCGCCCGGCUACACGCUGACGGAAAACGCAGCUCGGAUUGUUAGCAAAAAGCUGCAGGAGAGUUGUAGAGAGGAGCGAAGGCAAAGCGGCCAGCGGGAAGGCGGGAGCAGGACGGCGGAGGCGGACAGGCAGCCGGGGUGUAUGGAGACCCAUGUCAUACUAACCACUCCCUGGGGGCUGUAG